AUGUGGGUGGCUAAUAAAUGUACCUUGAUUUUAACUGAAGGAGAUUCAGCUAAGGCUCUUGCAAGCUCAAGGGGAAGGAACAUUUCUCUGGACCGGGCCAACAAACUGAAGAAGAGCGUUUCCUUAUGGGUAAUUACCCAUUUUCGCCCACCAACCUUGAACCGAAAUGCAGGAGCUGGCCAUGUUGAACAGCUUGGUGGACUCAGCACCUAUGUCUCUGGCUCUCCCAACUCCAAGCUUGCCAUCCUUCUCAUCUCUGACGUUUAUGGAUAUGAGGCUCCAAACCUGAGGAAGCUUGCAGACAAGGUUGCAGCUGCUGGAUUUUUUGUGGUAGUUCCUGACUUCUUUAAUGGAGAUCCCUAUGUGCCGGAUGAUGCUAAUAGGCCUAUACAAGUUUGGUUGAAGGAUCAUGGAACGGAUAAGGGAUUUGAGGAGGCAAAGCCAGUAAUUGAAGCUGUAAAAAGUAAAGGUGUUUCUGCAGUUGGGGCUGCUGGCUUUUGCUGGGGUGCCAAGGUUGUGGUUGAACUUGCAAAGGCUGAGUUUAUCCAAGCUGGUGUGCUAUGUCAUCCUUCAUUUGUCACUGUAGAUGAUAUCAAGGGGGUUAAGGUUCCUAUUGCAGUACUAGGAGCUGAAAAUGACCAUCUUUCUCCACCCACGCUCUUGAAACAGUUUGAAGAGGCCUUAGCUACUAAACCUGAGGCUGUGUGCACAGAAUCUGGGAUGUUUGCUCUGAGGGAGAGGAGGGUUGAUGUAACAGAAGAAGAUUUUGAGAUGGUAGUGGCAAAGGUAAUGAAGAAGGAGACCGAGAAAAACAUGUCAUUGCGGAAGCUAUGGAAGUAG